UUCAAUUAAUGCAUUGUGUUGUUUGCUUUAAUUUUGGUUUUUUUGUAAAACGUUAUUUAAAUAUUAUUGUGUGCGACUCAACAAUAAAACGCAAAUGUUGUAUGUAUUUAUCGUUAUGAAUACAGCUAAAUAAGCCGCUGCGCCGCCGCAUAAAUGAUCAGCACGUCGAACAGCAGCAGCCUGAUGAGGUCACAGGACGGUCAGCAGGCAGCGGGGCUGCCGCGACCCAAAAACAAUACCCCAAGCUCACAGCUGACGUCCGAUGAGAAUUAUGCUGUAUUUCAGUUAUUGGGGAGAAAGUGUCAGUCACUCAACACUGCCGUUGUGCAGAUCUACAAAACGGAGGGCAGCGCCCACUCGCACUGGAAGAAGAAGCAUACGGGAGUCGUGUGCUUUGUUAAGGACAGCGCCAUACGUUCGUAUUUCCUGCGUGCCUAUUGCCUCAUCAGGAAUGAACUGAUCUGGGAGCAUGAGAUCUACGAUGGCAUGAAGAUUGUGAAAUCGCGACCCUUCCUGCUCACUUUUGAAGGCAACGAUGGCUACGUGGGAUUGAACUUUGUCUCCGAGGAUGAAUGCGAUUCGUUCUUUCAGAUGGUGGACGCCACCCUCGAGACGCGCAAUCGCAAGCGCCAGGAGAAACGCAAUCGCCAAAAGGCGCAACAAGCGCCCAAUGCGCCAACAGCGCCGCUGCCACGCGAACCUGCGCGGCCACCUUCAAUUCAACAGAACCGAGGCGCAUCCGCCUUGGAUGGCAAUACCGUGCAGUUGCGCAACAAUAAGAUUGGCUCGGUGACGCUGGCACCAGCGGCUCCAACGCCGGCGCCAACGAAAAACUUCUUGUCCACCAACUUUGGACUGAGCGGUGGAUCGGGUGGCAAGGAUAAGAAGCGGAAGUAUAAAGUCACCAAAGCGGACAUCAGUCAGCCGACAAAUUUCGUGCACAUCAGUCAUGUGGGCUGGAAUGCAGACAAGGGUUUCGAUCUGACUGGCAAUGAGAACGAUAAAGUGCUAACCGAUUUCUUUGCCAAGGCGGGUGUCUCAGAGUCGGAGCUAAAUGAUCGCGAUACCCGUGCAUUCAUCUAUGACUUUAUUAAGAGCAAUAAUGUGCUGGAUUCGGUCAAGCAGGAGGAGAUUGAAUCGCCCACGCAGCCAACAGCGCAUAUGCCGCCGCCGGUGCCCAGUCGCCAAGCUCAUCAUUCACAGAAUGGCAACCAAAGAAGUGCGCCGCCGCCACCGCCGGCUCGACAACCGCCGCCGCCGUUGCCGUCAACGGCACCUGGCGCUUCACGUGCACCGGCGCCACCUAGCAGACCGCCACCCAUCACUACGGCGCCACCGCCGCCGCCACCAACGGUCUCUCCGCCUGCAGCAGCGCCACCACCACCGCCACCACCUCCGCCAGCGGUUGCACCACCACCACCGCCACCAAUGCCCGUAGCUGAAAUACCCGUCAUUGCAACCAAUCUAGCACCAGUUCAGGCCAGCAAAGCGCCUGUGCCCGUGGAAACGGAUUCACGCAGUGCGCUCAUGGAUGAGAUACGCAAGGGCAAAAUGCUUAAGGCUGUGGACCACAGCAAUGCAAGCCCCGCCUCCGGUGGUGAUCUGCGUGAUAAUCUAUUGGGUCAGAUACGCGAGGGUUACGCACUGAAACCGGUGACGGAACGCAAAUUGGCUGAACAACGUGUCAGUGACGAUGGCACCGGCGGCACCGAUGCUUUGGCCGAUGCACUGCGUCGUGCGUUGGCGGCACGUGGCACUGUGAUGCACUCGGACGAUGAGGAGAGUAGCACUAGCUCAGACAAUGAUUGGUCCGAGUAAAUUUGCACCUAGGCAAAUAUAUGAAGCCUAGACAAACAAACAAAAAAGAUGAGACGAUGGAUGUGGCAAAAUUAUUCCAAAUAUAAAAGCAAUAAUUUAAUUUUGUGCUUUGGCAUUUUAGAUUUAUCGUCCAGAUAAAUCGCUGUACAUACCGUUUUAGUGAAUUUUCAUACCUCUUUAAUUUAAUAUUUUAAAGUGUAAACAAAAGAAACAAAGGCAAGAAAACCACAAGUUAAUAACCACAAUAAUUAAUAGCAAAGACUUUGCGUUUUAUGAAAAUCACAUUUGCAUAUCCUUACCCCUUACCUUCAAUUUGCUCAAAAGGCGUAAUCAAAAGAUCAAAUCAUAAAGCAAAGAAGUAUAUAUACAAUAUAUAUAUAUAUCUAUAUUUAUGUAUGCAUAUAUACAAACAAUGUAUUGCCACAACAAUAACCUUAUAUAUGUAUAUCUACACUUAACUUCUUCAGAGAGAUGUGCCAAAAAACAGAAAUGAAAGAAAUUGAUAUAGACCCAAAUUAACACCCCACUAUACACAACAAUCCGAAGCAAAGUCUGUAUGAUGAGACCUAAGAAAAUUUUUAAUGAAAAUGUGCCUAAAUGACUAGCCUAGGCCAAUGGGAAAACUAUUAACUAAACUACUCUUGUAGAGAGCUAUAUGCGUUCCCUUUAACAUAAUCUAGACAAAUGCGCGAACUGAAGAUCGAAACUAACUGAUUGCAUAAGUAUCAAAUUUGCCUAUAAAUAACAAGCAAAAUAUUUAAAUAUAUAUAUAAUUCAAAUUACAAUAUUAACUUCCCAAUAACUAAUCAAGUUGCGAAAUAAAUUAACAAAUUUAUUAUUAAAAAAUUUUGCUCAACAAAACAAUUUAUAAAAACAUUUCAAUAAUUAGCUAAUUCUUAACAAAAUAAUAAUGUGUGAAAAUUUAUGUUAUUUAAUCCCUUUUUCCAAAAACGAAAAACCUAAUGCUUCCUGUCGCUUCUUGCAAAGAAGCUUCUAACUUCAUCUUUAAAACUAUGACAUUUUAUUUUCGACCCAAGAACUAAGUAUUAAUGCUUUUUAGUUAGUUAUUGCAUAAAAUGCAAAAUAAUAAUUACAUAAUUAUAAACAAUAAAACAAAA